AUGAUCAAUAUAAGCAUCUGUUCCUCCCAGAAUCACAGUCCAGAAAGGAAAAACCAUUAUGAGACCCCAGCACUCUCUGAACUGCAGAGACUGAUAUGGACCAGAGGAGGAUCUGACAAUCAUGUGGACCAAGUGUGGCCAAACCUCUACCUUGGAGAUGCAUUGGCAGCUAGAAGUAAAACGGUUCUUCAGAGCAUUGGCAUUACUCAUAUCCUCAAUGCAGCAGAUGGGCCCUACAACAUCAAUACUGGAGCGCGCUAUUACCGAGACCUGCCGAUUCAAUACUACGGAGUACAAGCUUUCGAUGACAAUUCGUUUGAUAUAAGCAACUUCUUUCGCGAGGCUGCUGAUUUCAUACACAAGGCCUUAAAUACUGCAGGAGGCAAGGUAUUUGUCCACUGUGCUAUGGGGUUAAGCCGUUCGGCCACUUUAGUGGUGGCUUACUUGAUGAUCCAUGAAAACCUGACACUUGUGGAAGCCCUGAAAUCAGUGGAUUCUCACAGAGGCAUCUGUCCAAACACAGGAUUCCUCAGCCAACUCCGAACCUUGGACAUCAAAUUAAACAAUGAAAAAAAAAAAGUAUCAUAA